GUAUAAAGUACCUACUUAUAUCCAGCUAAAAACAAAAACAACUACUAAAGCGCUUGUCUGUUAUCUCCGAUACGGUCAACCGAAAUUAGUGUCCCGUGAAACGUACGGGCAGUAUUUCUGUGUCACCUGGCUAAAGCCCCGUCGAGAGUAGUACAUCGUUCUUGUCGAGAAAGUAAAUAAUCCACUGUUAUAAAACAACAAUCCCAACUACGCUGCAUUGAUCGUCAUUCUGAAAAGAAUAUCGUAGAGACGCUAGACGUUGUUGUUCUAAUAAGUUGUACUACGCGACCCACACCAAAAAACAGCAACGAAUAUAUACCACACGCCUCCCCGUAUAGGCCUACUCAGCUCAGUGCAGUACAGCUCAUACACACGAAUUUUUGUAAAAUGGAGACCCCGUCCAGUAUAGCGUUCUGUUCGAUCUUAUUAACCUGUUUCAUCGUAGCUGCAGAUGCUUCAGGAUGCUAUAUACCUGGUUUAUUCAAGGGAAAGCGCUCAGUCAGCACUUAUCCCAGACCUCACAUGAGAGACGGUGUCGCCGUGCCGCCAUCUUGGGACUGGCGUAACGUUGGAGGUAGAAGCUUUGUGAGUACCACAAGGAACCAGCAUAUCCCCGUUUAUUGUGGCUCAUGUUGGGCUAUGGGAAGUACAAGUGCCUUAGCUGAUCGUCUAAAUAUCUUACGUAAUGGUAGCUGGCCGUCAGCCUAUCUGUCCGUCCAAAAUGUGAUCGAUUGCGGUGAUGCAGGAUCGUGCAACGGUGGUGAUGACGUCGGUGUUUACGAAUACGCACAUAAAAACGGUAUUCCUGAUGAGACUUGUAAUAACUACCAGGCAAAAAAUCAAGCUUGUAAUAAGAUUAACCAGUGUGGCACCUGUGAUUGGGACGGCAAGUGUAGUAGCAUCGCCAAUUACACAUUGUAUAAAGUAGCAGACUACGGUUCUGUCCGUGGCCGAGAAGCCAUGAUGAAGGAGAUCUACGCCAAAGGACCCAUCAGCUGUGGUAUUGAUGCAACAAACAAGCUUGAGGCUUACACUGGCGGAAUCUACGAGGAAUUCAAGAUAUUAGCUAUGUCCAACCACAUCAUCUCUGUUGCUGGAUGGGGUGUUGAUAAUUCGACUGGAACCGAGUACUGGAUCGUGAGGAACUCGUGGGGAGAACCAUGGGGAGAGCAAGGAUGGUUCCGUAUCGUAACUAGCAAAUACAAAGGCGGCGAGGGAAACUGGUACAAUCUUGGGAUCGAAGAGGAAUGCCGCUACGGAGACCCCAUCUUACCGUAAUCAUCGACCACCAAUCGUUCACCUCGACUCCGACCAUUGAUUAGUCUGCAGGCACAGACCCUGAUUGGAACUUUGAUCAACAAUUGUGCCUCCACGCAAAGACUAGCACAUAGAAAACUUGCCUUCAGUACACAAGGCAUGAGUAGGCUGCACAUUCAGACCCUUAACUCGAGUGAAGGGUUUGCCCAGCAGACUAACCAUUGAUUAUGACUCCUGAGAGAAGUCGAUGUGUUAUACCAACUCUGUGAAUAAUGAUACUUUAAAUUGCUAUAAGGGACUGAUCCAAAUUUUGAUUCAAGAUACCAGUCUAAUAGAUAUAGAAUUGAUUUUUUUCUCUCAAUCUCAUUUUGGAUUGGUCCCUAUCACAUUCAUAUAGAUUGAUUCCCAAUCUAAGAAAUUAAGAGAGAAGGAACUCAAAGCUAAAUACGCCCUAGGCCUAUAUAUUCUAAUUAAAAAAGUUAAAAUGACCAACAUGUUAGUAUAUAGGUGUCCAUCCCCUCCUGAAUGGGGGGAGGGGGGGUAUCGAAACGAAUCUCUUUCUCUUACGUUUUACUAAAUUGUUAAUCAAUCUUUACAAAUAUAUUUUGUUUGACACGAUUUUCACUAACAAACCGACUCUUCUAUAUAAAUUAAUCCAAGAGUGAAAUUCUGAUGAAAAAUCGCCGCUCAUUGUUCAGCGCCAGAUACUUAUAUCAAACUGAUCGAAUGCCUUUUGCAUAAAAGUUAUUAUUGUGAUUACUUUUUCCAUUUGAUGGUAUCUUUCAUAGAAUAUUUUUAUUCUGAUUGUCUGCAGAGCAAUAUUGCCACGGUAGUUACCAUUGGAUUGUAAAGUUACCUUACCAUAAUAGUAUAUUUUAUGUAAGGGGAUCAUAGUUUAUCAUUUUGUAAAGUAACACCUACCCCUCCCCUUGUAAACGUAAAGACGAAGACCCCAAUUGGGAUUAAGCAGACAAUCACUCCAGAAUAAGUUGAAAUAAUAUCCAAACAUUUUCUUUGAAGUUUUAUUGAUGCAUCCAAUUAAUAUUGAGCAUUCCUUGCCUCAAUUUCGAUAGUAUCCAAUUAUUGGACAAAGUUGUGGUGACAUAUAUGCUUUUAUUAGUAAAUAUACAAUUGUUGAGUGCAUGUAUAAUUGGGUAAUAUAGUGCAAUCAAAGUAAUUAUUUUUUUUCAAAGAAGGAAAAAUAGUGUGAUUUGAGUUCUUCGCAAGUACAUUUCUGUUUACAUAUUGGUGUAUGUGCACAGAGGCCUCCAGAUUUCAGCUCUCGUAAAUCUGCUCUACAUAUUAUUCAGUAAUUUGACAGGAUAGCUUUGCACUUAUAUUCCAAUCAUUGAAUAUUCUUUUCAUCAGUGAAUUUAGAUGGAUACAUUCUUUGUUAGGAAAAAAUGUAUUUUUGUUCAACGAUAACUUCAUAUGCAAUAACUGUUGAAUGUCAACAUUCUUUUUAAUAUCGUUCCCCUCUCAUGUUUUUAUGUCUUACACCCCCCCCCCCCUCUCUCUCUCUCUCCCUCCCGUUCUUCCUUUUUUUCUCUUCCCCUCCUUACCUUUAACUUUCUUACCAUUUCUCUUGCUCCCGUUCCCCUUCCCUCCCCCUCUCUCUUCCCCUAUUACUCUUUCCCCGAGUCUCUUCUUUUCUCUCUCUCUUUCAGUCAAUUUGUAUAACCUACCCCAUGUGUAUUGCUUCGUAUCUCUCAUUACAGCUAUACUAUCUUCCAUUUUCAUAGUUCUUGUAUUUCAACUUUGUGAAAAAGAUCUGUACAAAAAUUAAAAGAGAUAUGAUAUUGAAAUAAAUUUGUAAAAAAAGA